CCAUAGAAAUGAUCAGAAUGUAUUCAGGACGAAGGUCAGUGAAAAUAUGAUUGUUUUAAAAAAAGUCGUCUUGUGUCUCACUUUACCCCAGCUUAGGGGUAAACCGAGACAGACCAGAGAAAUCAAGGGGGUAAACUGAUCCACUUACUUUUUCCACUCUGAAACUACCAUAACAACACAUGUUGUAACAGUUCGAAUCCUGACAGCUAGCUUGACAACCACACAUUCCAGAACUAAUGUCGGACUAGUAACAGAAUCAUGGGGAUUGGUCAAUUAAGCAAUUUUUUUUUUCUAAACACUUUUCUAACUCUGAACAAAAUCAAAUACAACAUAAUAUAAUUCAAAAUAUUUUAAUUAACAUUCAAAUGACAGAUAGAACCAGUUAGAUCAGAACACAGUCUGGGGGUCAGAACACCUGAUGCGAUUGCUCAGUCAGUGCGGUUCAUUUGAACAUAUGUGAACGCUGCCCUAAAAAGGACAGAAUCCUCACGCAUGUCGGUUUUUCUUGUCAUAGUCGCGAGUUUGCCCAUCACAGGCAUCAGACGCUCGUCUCGUUUGUGUGGGUGGAUUCCUGCCGCUGUUUUGACUACUUUACACAUUUUAUGAGCUCUUCACGAGUUCCCAGCUGGCCAAAGUACCAUCACACACAGGCUACGCACUGCUAUGCACACACAAUGAGCGCAUUUACCUCAGCACACAGCAUUGUUUGGGAUUUUUGUUAAGUUCCGGUUCAAAAUAGGCAAUACGUCAUAAAAUCUGACCAAUCACAUUGUGAAUGUAUCCCUAUGCCUCAAGGUUCGGUAUCUUUUGGUUCGGUGAUAAAAUUGCCAAUCUGAACGCUAAUUGGACCAGGACUAAAUGUUUUUUUUUUUUUUCUUAUUUGGUCCGGACCAAAUUAACCAACCAAAUCGAACUACAAGUGUGAUUGCACCCUUAGAGCCAGCUAGUGUCUGGAGGUCAGAGCAAAGCACAAUCAGAACCAGCUAGAACAGCCUGGGACUCAGAACACAGGACUAGACCCACCUGUAUUAGAACAUCAACCUACUGUCAUACUCUACAACUAGGCCUACUCUACACUCCAGCCCUGAAGGUUACAGGGAAAGAUGAGGAGUUGCUCUCUCCAUCUCUCCAGGCCUUUUAGGUUGAGGCAGCUUCUUCACUAUAUCACUUUUAGGAACAUGUGCCACAUCAUUCUCCUCGAGGGGUGUUUUGCCCCAGAGGUUGUCUUCCUGAUGUUUUGCCUUGGCAGGAUGGCUUUUCUACAAUGUUUAUGACAUUAAAAAUAAAACAUAUGCAAUGUAAUAUUACAUUAAAAUAUUUUUAAGACUAAAUUUAACUUGUGCCUCAUGUCUCACUUUACCCCAAAGCAUUUGUCUCACUUUACCCCACCACUACAUUUUAGAAAAAAACUAUCUCUCUUAGCAAUUCAGGCUAAUCUUCAGCUAGCAUCAUCACAUGGUUUUAUAUGUUGAUAGUUCAUCAACAUGUAUGAUAUAAGUUUUUCUACCUGAAUCAGUCUGCUUUGGCACAACAGUUGAUUAAGUUGACCGCAAGAAAAUUUACUUUUACAUGCAAAAACAAUAUUUUUGUUAAAAAAACAUGCUUAGCACAGCACCAUGAGGUCCUCUCCUUCAUGGCCAAGGGGAAAUGUGAGGGGCUUGAAAACAUAAUUGUCACAUAACCACAAAUGUGUUCCGUUGCAGAGAUACAGGGGGUGUCUCACAUUACCAGAUGUCUCACAUUACCCCACUCUCCCCUAUAUACGCACACAGACACCAUGGUAGCUACUACAAAUUUAACGGUUUCUAGAAUACUACUUGAUUCUGAUUGGUCAAUUGUGAUAUUCAACGGUCAACGCUGUAACCGAUUCAUCCGGGUAAUUGAAACGCUGCUUUCAUGACUCGUGUCUCUCUUGUUGUGUAAACUCAACUGCAGUAAAAAUUACCUCAGAGGACGUCAGUAUUAAUAUCAAAUGUAAUAUUGUUGCAGCGUUCGUCUUGUUGCUUGGGCUAUUAUUUUGUACAUUGCGAUGGACUAAAGUUAUAUUUUUUUCUUAUAGUGGAAGCUUGAAGAUAAUAUACAGGCGGAUGAUAACAUGGAGAAGAAAAUCACAUAUACUUGUGCUGAAGAAGCUGUAUAUGUGGUCCAGAAUAUAACAGAAACAUCUAGAUCACCUAGCAAAGACCUGGCACCCCAUACGAGCAUUGAGACAGCGACUUUUAAGAGCCUGACAGCCCUUGGUCACUAUAUGCUUCAUCUGUAUGGAACAGAGCAGUGUGAAUCUCCUUUUGUGUUCCACACACAAGAAAGAAAGUCAUACUGGUUUUGAACAACAUGAGGAGCAUGAAUGUCACACUCACAUCUUAGAACAACUGAAGAAACGUGUGUGCAGUAACCGGAGCGGCCCGUGGGGACCUCGCAGAAUAUCUUAUUCAUUACAGGCCAAACAAACAAAGAUGGAGUCUGACAGUGAAGAGAAUCGCAGCGAAACAUGUGAUGUUCUGCCUGACUGCAUCGCUGAGGCGCCCAGCUUGCAUCUCGGCGCGGGUAAAAAGCGGUCGGCCGCAGAAGGGGCCCGCGGGGCGCCAGUCAACAAGAGGAAAUCGCUCCUGAUGAAGCCCCGCCACUACAGUCCCAGCCCCUGCCCCAGCGAGGGGGACGGCGAGGAAGACCUGGCAAGCGCUCAGGACAAAGACGCGCCCAGGAACACUGACACUCCAGCAGAUGAGGAACUCAGCGGCAGUGAUGUUCUGGAAGACGCUGUUUAUCACAACGCAAAGUCUCACCACUUGUUGUCAUGGUCAGAACAAACGAGCGAGGGUUCGCCAGACCUGGUGGCUCAGAUAUCCGAACACCAGAACGAGCAAGAAGAGGAGGAACACAAUCAGGACUUUGAAGACAAAAAUCAGGAGGAGAUCAGAGCCAGCUAUCACCUGUCUCCAGACAGAGAGGCAGACGAGGAAGAAUGGAGCGUUCCUCCGUCCCUAACGAAAGUCAACGGGAUCCAUCACAGCCCCAGUCCACCUGCAGACGAUGCUCUUUUAAAGAGACUCCGAAUAGGUCAGCAGCUCCAGGAAGACGCUCUUUCUGCUUACAUUAACAGAAACAGUGCAGGGAACUUUAUGGAGGAGUAUGGCUCUGUAAGAGAGUUCAGCGACAGUGAGGAGGAGCUCCAGACGCCCAGGAUGGAGGAGCGAGGAGGUGUUUGGGGUCCAGGUCUGGUGGCCAGACGUCUGGAGCUGGAUAGGGCCCGACUGAAUCUCAGUCUUCUAGAGCAGGCCAUGGUGCUGCAGUCUGAACAUAGACAGGUCAUUCACAGUGCCUACAAAGACAUGGACCGCUUCCUCCUGGAGCAGAUGAACCAUGAUCGGAGGCAGCAGAGGAUGCUGGAGAUAGAUGCUCGGACCAUGUACCACAGCAGCAAAGACUCCCCUCGGACAGAAAAGAAAGACAUCAAAUGUCCGACCCCGGGCUGUGAUGGGACGGGUCAUGUGACAGGCCUCUACCCUCAUCACCGGAGUCUAUCAGGAUGUCCCCACAAAGUCAGAGUGCCCCCAGAGAUCCUUGCCAUGCACGAAAACGUCCUUAAAUGUCCGACCCCUGGCUGUACAGGAAGAGGUCAUGUCAACAGUAACCGUAGCACGCAUAGAAGUCUCUCAGGCUGCCCGAUAGCUGCUGCAGAAAAGAUCUCCAAACCGCAGGAGGAUCCCACAAAGUGCAGACAGAGCGCAGAGAGAAUGGCGAGACCUUUAGGACACAUGAAGAAAUUUGACUUCACAUACAGAUUUGCACAUCCUAUGGCAGCGUUGCAGGCCAGCAUGGCCAAAGACAUGGACAAGUACACUAAAGGCCAUUUUGACUACGCCAGUUUUGACGCCCAGGUCUUUGGCAAGCAAGCUCAGAUGGCAUCCGACCAGAGUCACGAAUCUUCACACUUUCCUGACUCCGCUCAGUUCCCCUGUUUUCUGGGUCCUGUUGGUCGUAUGAUCAUGCCCGGAGACAACAGCCCCAGUCGCCAUAAAGCCCAAAGCAACACCCUCCAGUCCAACAUCGCAUCCGCAGCCAUCCUCAACCUCUCCACCCGUUGCCGAGACAACAGCGAGGCCCUGCCCCCCAGCCGGCCCCUGGCAUCAUCCACAAAGGACUCGCUCAUUGAGGUGGACGAGAACGGAACGCUGGAUUUAAGUAUGAAGAAAAAGAGAGAAAAGGCGAGAGACUCUCCUGUGAUGCCAGUGUUAGGAGAUGCUCUUUUCACCCCACCUGAAUCUUCUCUAGCCAAAGCGACGGGUCUCCAGAUCUCCCCGGCCAUCUACCGUGUUCUCUAUGAACGGGAUGCCUGGGACACACCGCUGAACUACAGCAAAACACCUGUCCAACAAGACAAAGAGAUGGAUCAGUUGGAGAAGGCAUCUCUAGAGGAUAAAGCGUACAACGGGGACGCUAACAUGGCAAGUGCAAAAAACAAGAUGCUCAUAAGAGACACCAAAAAAGAGCUGAUGAGUUGUCCGACACCAGGUUGUGAUGGUAGUGGUCAUGUGACAGGAAAUUAUGCGUCACACAGAAGUGUAUCUGGUUGCCCAUUGGCUGAUAAGACCCUGAAAUCACUAAUGGCUGCUAAUUCUCAAGAGCUAAAGUGCCCAACUCCUGGUUGUGACGGCUCAGGUCAUGUGACAGGAAACUAUGCAUCUCAUAGGAGUCUGUCAGGAUGCCCUCGUGCCAGGAAAGGAAGCUUGAAGCUCACGCCAAGCAAAGAGGACAAAGAAGAGCCAGAGAUGAAGUGCCCGGUGGCAGGUUGUGACGGUCAGGGCCACGUGUCGGGUAAAUACACGUCUCAUCGCAGCGCCGGAAGCUGCCCCAUCGCCACCAAGCGGCAGAAGGAAAGCUCCGUGAACGGAUCGGCCUUCUCCUGGAAUGGCUGUAAACAGGAACUUCCGCACUGCCCUCUGCCCGGCUGCAAUGGCUUGGGUCACGCCAACAACGUCUUCGUUACGCACAGGAGUUUGUCAGGAUGUCCACUAAACGCCCAGAGUAUCAAGAAGAAGCUCUCCGAUGAGGAGAUGAUGACCAUCAAACUCAAAACCAGCAGUGGCAUUGAAAACAAUGAAGACAUGCAGCACUUGGAUCACGAAAUAAAGGAGCUAAAUGAAUCCAAUCUGAAGAUAGAAGCAGACAUGAUGCAGCUCCAGACUCAGAUUUCAUCCAUGGAGUGUAACCUUAAGACUAUCGAGGAGGAGAAUAAGAUAAUUGAGCAACACAACGACAGUCUGUUGAAGGAGUUAGCGCGUCUCAGUCAAGCACUUAUCAACAGUCUCACAGAUAUCCAGUUGCCGCAAAUGGGUCCGAUAAAUGAACAGAACUUCGAAGCGUACGUGAACACGCUGACGGAUAUGUACAACAACUCAGAGCACGAGUACUCGCCAGAAUGCAAAGCCUUAUUGGACAGCAUCAGACAGGCCAUAAAGGGCAUCCAUGUCUAAGUCCAAACUCUCUUUCACAACAGUUCGAUCAUCUGCGGAGGGCUGGCUUUGUGAUCCGUGCAAGAUAUGUCUCGUGAAAAAAAGAAUAACUCCAUUCCAUGACAAAUUCAUUGCACUGAAAAAUACCAGCCACAUUUUUACAGCUCAAUGUUCCUCGUAGUGAGAUUUGACCUCCUUUUGCACUUAUUUAUUUCCUAUGGUUUGCUUGACUUUAUUCCGUAUUGUUCUUUUGUGUGUUGUUAUAUUAUUAUUGCUACAUAUUAUCUUUAUUCAUCAGUACUAUUUAUCUCACAGUAAUCUUAUUUAUUUAUUUAUUUAUUUAUUGCUAUCAUAAUUGUUGUUUUUUUGUUUCUGCAACUCCAAAAUGCAAAGCCAAUCUUACAUAUUGUGAAUUUUAUUUAUUUACAUUUACCUACGUUUGUUGUACAAUAACUGGGAGUUUUAAUCGCUGGCAUUCGUGAUGAUUUCUUCUUCUUUUUUUUUACAUUUUUUUUUUAUUAAUAACAGAAAUGUAAGAAUGGUCCACUUGCGCCACCUGUUGGUGAGCAGCUGUUAUUGGUCUAUUUGCACCCCUGAGUUCUUUUUUUAAUGUAGUUAAUGUGAUUAAUCCACAAAUGACAUCAUUCGUUUUCACGCAUAAAUCUGUAUUCUAAUAAGUGAGCGAAAAUAAGAAUAUUUUAUCCGAUUCACUCUCUGAACGACUGUACAGCGACACUUGACCAGAGCAAAAAUCAAAUCAUCCACGUUGAAGGACUUCAUAAUCGAUUUCCGUUUCUGUUCAUAUGAACUGCCUUUGGUGUGCACAUCCGUGUGUGCAUAUAUGUGCCUAAAUGUAAAUGAGUACAUGGAAUAUGAUAUGUUUUGUGGUAGAGCAGUAUUACGUGAAUGGUGAUUCAUUUUAUUCUGCAGUAUAUUUAUUUUCUGAAUGAAAAGCCUCUAAACUCUGUUUACCUACUGUUUAUACGCCAUUUUAAGUAUGUAAUGAUAUUCUUGUAAAAAAGUGUUUUAUGAUCAGGCACAAUACGGUUUUUAUUCUUUUCUGUAAGACUGAACUCCUCAACCUUUGGCUUCUUCUGUGAGACAAACAGUGGGCUCUCAAAUGAUAUUUUCUCAUGUCUUUAACCCACUAAAAUACAAAAACGGACAAAUUCUCAGCCAAGCAACUGCAAUAGAGAGUAAUCUUUCCAUUAUGACUGAAUCUGUACCACUUGAUUUAGCGUUUAAUGCAGGGCCGAGGUCAUCGCAGCAGAUCUGAGUGCUGUGUUACUAUCGCAGACGGCCUCGUUUUAAAGCUUUCUCUAACACUAAACGUACCCUUUUGCACUUUUAUUCUGUUAUUUAGUGUUCAUUUUGAGCGGGUCACAGAUGUGUGAUCGGUGCAGGUUAAUUAAGGAGUUGAACCUAGUUUUACAUUCUCCAUUGAUGAUGUCAAAACUGUGUUUAAGCAAAUUUACAGGUCAUUCAGAGGAAAUAAAACACUAUAUUAUCUGACCAAAUGAGCAUAAUGAAUUGUACUGAAUCAUUUUUUUUUUUUAUUAUUAUCCUAAAUUACUGUAUAAUUUAGAAUUAAUUCUGUUUAAAUUAUUUGUAAUUCCUAAUUUAUAAACCACAGAUUGUUUGCUCAGGAAGUUUUGUGAGGAAUAUUUAUUUUUUCUUUUUUUGUAUUUGAUGUUUUGUAAUGUGAUAUGAAUUUUUUGUGUAAAAGAAAAAAAUAGUAAAAUACACGGUACUGUAAAUUAUUUAGUUUGUUUUUGUUUUUAAAAAAAAUGUUUUUUUGUUUUUUUUUAGUUCAAGUAGUUUGUAUAUCAGGAUUUCCUUACACUUUUAAAAUUUCAUAAGCAGUACUGCGCUGUGUUGUACAGUUUGUGUAUGGUAGAAAUAAACUAUUGAAAUUAUCUGCA